AGCCUAGCGUGCUAGCUUAUGCUUCAAGUACUGGAGUACUCUGUUUUCCUGUGGAUGGAUACAGGCCUAUGUCUUGGCUCUAUUGAGAAGAUCGCGAUAUCAUUCUGUUCAAGGCCUUAUGGGAAUUAUAAACCGUGUAACUGAAUACGGAGCUAAUUCUAUUUCUGUUGGAUAAGAUGAAUGAAACAAUGGAAGUUGAGUUACAAUAACUAAUAAGAGAUUGUGAUGUUGGCCAGAGGAUGGCUAGCAAUAUUUUGAGGUUUGACGGGAGGCAUAUGGCAGUUUGAAUCACCAAGGCUCCUAUUUGUUUCAUACAUGUACUUGUAUGAAAUAGCAGGCUUCCAGUUUGCUGCUUGGCGCGGCCGAAAAACCAAUUUCGCUUUUCCAAUUUUUGGCAAAAUUCUUGUCUUCCAGCUUUAGAUCAAUUCUGUGAUAAGUGAACAAGAAUUUAAACUUCAUCUCGCUAUAUAACCUGCUUAUGCUGAAGACUCGACUUAUCACCAUAUGCCGCAAAAUUGGUUGACUUUAUUCACUGCCCCCACAGGAUCUCUUAGUUAUGUGUUAAUUUCUUCUGGAAUAACAUGAUGAGCUGACCAAAAUUCAGUGUUUACUUUUGAGGAAUUGAGUUUUACCGAAAUCUGCAUUAUGCAGAAGCCACCACAUGCUCACAUACAGUACGUGUACACCCGGGUCACACUGUUUUACAACUCGUGCGUAGACCUCAAGUGGCAGCGCGCCAUCCAUAGUUGUGAUUCAUGUCAGGUCGGUUCGAUUACUGGGGAGGAGUGUGGCGCCAUCCAUUAUGGCUACUGCUCACCAGUGUCGUCAGCGUCGGACUCGAACAGUAACAACACUAAUGACGGCGUUGAUAAUGCUCGAUAUCUUGAGACAGCAAAAGACAAUCGAGAGAAAGAGAGUCGGUUUAUCGAACAGGAGAAAAACAAGGAGAACCUAGAAAACUAUAAAAACAAUAACAAUUCAUUAAAGAACAGACGGAGAAAGAGUCGAGAUGCUGGGAUACGACCGUUAUCGAACCGUAAUCUAAACAUCCCACAAUUCUACUUCCCGAAUGGACCGCCGUGUUCUAGUGAUGAAAUCGAGGCACAGUUACGCAAAGUUGCAAGCGAGUUUUCUAAAUUUGAUGGAGGGAAAGCGACAAGUCGUCAAUUGGGACCCAUGGCAAAGGCAUGUGGUCUACCAUUCUAUUGGAAGGGUCCAUUGUUCAUAGCGUCCGGAGGAGAGAAGAGUGGUCAUGUCACUCUCCAGAAUUUCACUGCCAUGUGGAAAAAGUUAAACCAGAGUCACUUCGAUGAUCCGUCGAGAUUUCUCCGUCUUUUAGCAAAACCAGGAUGCAACUAUUUAUGUUCAGAUGAUUUCAUACCUCUGAUUCAGGAUGUCGUUGACUCGCACCCGGGUCUGACGUUUUUACAAGACGCUCCAGAAUUCCAUUCAAGAUACGUGCACACGGUGGUCGCGAGGAUAUUUUUCUGUGUAAAUAGAUCGUGGACGGGUCGAAUCAUGAUUCCUGAAUUACGCAGGAGUAAUUUUCUUCAGGUAUUGGCCUCGUUAGAAGAUGAAGAAGAUAUAAACCAAGUGACAGACUUCUUCUCUUACGAGCAUUUCUAUGUGAUAUAUUGUAAAUUCUGGGAGCUGGACAAGGACCAUGAUCUGUUCAUUAGUAAAGAAGAUUUAGCAAAACACAAUGACCAUGCCAUUUCAUCUCGGAUGAUCGACCGUAUAUUCUCAGGUGCUGUGACGCGGGGUAAGGCUCAGAAGGAGGGCAAGAUGAGCUACCCUGAGUUUGUCUGGUUCUUGAUUGCGGAGGAGGACAAGAGGCAUUCAACGAGUAUCGAGUACUGGUUCCGUUGUAUGGACCUGGAUGGGGAUGGCAUCAUUUCCAUGUUCGAGAUGGAAUAUUUCUAUGAGGAGCAGCUGCAGAAGAUGGAAGCACUAGGGAUUGAGACACUGCCUUUUGAAGAUAUAUUAUGUCAGAUGUUGGAUUUAGUUAAACCAAUCCGUCCACAUGCAAUAACCAUGGCUGAUUUGAAGGCCUGCAAGAUGACCAAUAUAUUCUUUGACACUUUCUUCAACUUGGAGAAAUACCUUGAUCAUGAACAAAGGGAUCCUUUCUCUAAUCUUAAGGAUUAUGAGAUGGAUGGGCCAGAACCGUCCGAUUGGGAGAAGUAUGCUGCUGAGGAGUAUGAGAUCCUUGUUGCUGAGGAGGGGGCGGGACAGAAUGAGGAUGAAAUUAACUAUGAAGAUGACUUUGAACCAGAAGAAGACGAGGAACUAAUGGCGUUAGAACACGGCAAAUUCAAGUUAGGGGAGACACCCGUUCAGCGUACCAGUAACCGUCCAAAGGUCACGUCACCUACGGAAGAAGAUAUCUACGAUUUCAGUCACGUGAAUUCUGACACCCUGGGUUAUUAGAUGCAGCAGUGUAUCGAGGUGUGAACACCUAAGACGGUCUUGACGUCCUGACGACCGGGCGAUUACAUGUCUUGUGAUGUUGGAUAAAGUUUGCAUUUGCUUUGUGUCAUGAAGCAGAAUGAGUGACGUUUUCAUGACAUUGUUGUAAGUGUGCUCAGUUGUCUAUGCCAGCAUAAUGGUGCUAAAAAGUACUUGUGUGAACCGCUGAGAUUACGUUGAUACAAAAACCUCAAUAUUUUGAGCUGAAAUAUGCCUUUGUCUUUAAAUAGGGAAAACAUUGGGUUAAGUUAACAAUAACUUGGCCAAAAAAUGUUCAAGUGUAAUGGGAAAGACCUCAGAGGGUCUUAAGCAGAUACGCCUUAUCUAAUACUUUUGUGCUAUUGUACUUUUGUUUGCAUAGUUGGAAAGUCAGAAGCAGACAAGUCUAUUACUUAAUAAGGGGGAUGGGUGUCUCAUGAAUGGGGGAGGGUUGGAGUGUAGUAUUGCCAAUUAUAAUUCAUGAUUAUCUGCUAUAGAGUAGCAUGUGUUUGUGUGGUGUAAACUUCUUCUGCCUUUAGUAGCUUGGUUUGUAAUUUAUAAAUUGAAGAGAUUUAAUAGUCAGGUCACAGUAUGUCCCUAAAAAGUUGAAAAAUGCCUUUCCAGUACUUAAAAUCAUUAAUCAGUUAUCUUUCUGUGAAGAUUAUAAUCAGGAGUAUUGUAGCUAUACAAAUCAUGCCUUUCCUGUGUUUUCAGAAUUUUCUAAGAAUGAGACUUUUUCGGGACAUACUGUUUUAUAGCGAUCAAAAGAAAGAUUAUGAUUUAUUAUGAUAUCACUUGUAUCAUUUCUACUAGAUUUUAUUACGAUAGUUUGUAAAUAUUAUGAUUCGCAAUUUAAGUUAUUACCAGAUAGAGAAGUUCAAUUUGUAACAAUGGGUGCUCAGGGCUUGCACCUUACCUGAGGGUGAUUAUUAUGUUAUUACCCAAUCCACAUAAACAGUCAAAUUGAAAUUAAGUAGGCACUGCAACAAGAGAAAUAAUUAUGAUCUCUGAGAUAAGCUUAUGAACUAAUACUCUCAACCUUUUAGAUUUUGAUUGAUACCCACCGAUUUAACGAAGAUGUAUGCCGUCCUAUGCCAGGUCAUAUGUUCCCAGUAGAGAUUCUUAUGCAAUUUAAUAUCCAGUCCUUGUCUGUUUAAGGUGAAUGUUUAUGAUAUUGAAUGGAGUUGCUCUAUUCUGUUUCAUUGACUGUACAUUAUAUUUGACUUGUGUGUGGUAAUGGACAAUUUGGCACAGUAGCAGUUUGGGAUAUGUUGUUAAUUAGGUAUACUUAUGUACACAAUUUCUCAAACCGAUAUUUGCAUUUCUUCAAUGCCACUUCAACCACAAUCACAGUUCUGUCAACUCACCUGUUUCCAUCACAUGAAGAGUCAACGAAACUUGUCUUACUGAUUCAACCUCAGUCACAUGGAUUGUAUCAACAUUUUGAUUGUAUGAAGGCAAGCAGUAAAUGCCUGUGGCAAUCUUUGAUUGUUUGGUCAAUCUCUGUAGAUUGGGAAGCAAGUUGGGUACCUUUUCAAGGCCCGUCAUUGGUGACUGCAUUUCUUAGCAGAUUCGUGGGCCGUUGCAAAUCAUGUUUUGUGGAAAUGGGUUAUCUGUUUUCUCUGCUCAUGCACUUUAGUCCUGCCAGGCAUCCAUGGAAUCAAGAAUUCAUAACGUCUGUGUGACUUCUUGAUGGAAUGGAUACAACUGAUCUAAUAAAAUA